AAGCGGCUCAGUUACGCUGCUGCACCCGGCCCGGAACGAACCGUUGUUACUGCGGGGCUGUGCAGAGCGAAAUGUGGCCAGAUUCUAGUGUACCCGUGUGUUGUUGAUAACAGUCUGUUUGUUUGUGGUAAAAAGUUUGUAAACCGUAACAAGAGUAAAGAAAACAUCCAGUGCAAGCAAGUUGUGAUCGGUGUAGUGCCGUUAUGAAUACUUAGUGUUGUUCUGUGACUGUUACUGUAACGUAUAUGUAGUGUUGUUGUGUGACAGUGAUUGUACGUGCAUACCACAUGUGAUUUUGACACACGAAACUGGACCAUAAUCUGCUCAAACAAUUCCGCGUACACCGUGACGCGCCCGUACGUCAUCGUGCAUCGGAAGGAUUUGGCGUGCUGAAGGCUGAAGAGCGGUAUUAACCAUGGACAAGGACCAGCAGAAGCAACCGUUGGUUAUCGAAUACCGGAAAAACUAUGGGACGUCUGCCAGCUCGCAGCAACCGUUCGCGCCCGCGGCCUCGCAACCGGCCGGCACGUCGGAGCAGCAGCCACUACUACCCCAGCAGCGGUCCAUCAUCUACUGCGUGCACGGCCAGCUGGCCAACUCAUGCUGCGAGCUGCCGAACGAGCUCAGCAUCCGCAAGAUUGACUCGCACUGUCACAAACCACGGGCGGAAGGGAUCGAUAAGAUAGCACGGAAGAAGCUCAUGUUAGCGAGCAUGCUUUGCAUCAUUUUUAUGAUUGCCGAGAUAAUAGGUGGUAUUUACUCGAACAGUCUCGCUAUCGCGACAGAUGCAGCCCAUCUCAUGGCGGACCUGGCCAGCUUUAUGAUAUCCCUGUUUGCCCUGUGGAUAGCGGCAAGACCGUCGACGAAACGAUUAUCCUUCGGUUGGUACCGUGCGGAAGUAAUCGGUGCUUUACUGUCCGUGCUGAUGAUUUGGGUCGUGACGGCCAUUCUGUUCUAUCUGGCAGUGCUGCGAACGAUCAACAAAGAUUUCGAGCUCAAUGGUGAAGUGAUGCUGGUCACGUCUGGAUUGGGAAUAUUGGUGAAUAUAAUCAUGGGCGCCACGCUGCAUCAUCACGGCCACAGUCACGGGGGCGGUGGCGGACACCACGAGGAGCAAAACAUCAACGUGCGCGCUGCGUUCGUGCAUGUGCUGAGCGAUUUUGUGCAGAGCCUGGGUGUGUUUAUAGCAGCGCUGGUGAUUUACUUCAAGCCCGAGUGGAACAUCAUCGAUCCGAUCUGCACGUUUCUGUUUUCGGUGCUGGUGCUCGGCACGACGCUUGCCAUCAUGCGUGAUGCAAUUGUGGUUCUUAUGGAGGGCACCCCGAAGUAUCUCGAUUACACCGAAGUUAUGCAAACGUUUCUGCAAAUUGAGGGCGUCGUAAGAGUACACAAUCUGCGCAUUUGGGCACUCAGUAUCAACAAGAUAGCGCUCGCUGCUCAUUUAGCUGUCGAGCCCACGACAAACACCGAGCUCGUACUGAAUAAAGCCACGGAAACGGUUCAUGCAAAGUAUCAAUUUUUCGAGACGACGCUGCAGAUCGAAGUAUUUCAACCGGAUAUGGAAGAUUGCAAUCAGUGUUCGAAUCCAGUUUAGUGUAAAGCACGUAACGCGAAGCCAACGCGUUACUCGGUUUCAGAGUAAGCCACCAACCGGACGAUCAAUGAGAAAUAAAAGAAACUAUUGUAAACAUGUUAAAAAA